AAGCAAACCGAAAAAAAAAAAAAUCUCUCUCUCUCAUAAUAAAGUACGUAAGUAAUAUAUUUGGAUGACUGCAACACACUUCCCAUUAUUCAAAAUUUUUGGCUUCUUUCAAUUUAAGCUUGUUAAUUUUUUUCGAAGAAUUGUGGUAUUCUUAGCAGCUUACUCACACCCGACUAUUUUUUUUGUUGAUCAUUGAGGAUUUAUUAGUCUUAUCAGCGAUGUGAUACUUUUGCAGUGACAAAGAUUAGCAUAUUUGUGCGUGUCCCGUUCUCUUCUCCAACCCUGUUGAAAAAGGUUUACUAUUUCAAAUAUACGUGAAAACUCUGAUGGAGGUUAAGCUAUGGAACGACAAGCAUGAAAGGGUAAUGUAUGACAACUUGGCUGAUCUCUUUGCUAUUAUUAAAGCAACAGAAAAGCUAGAGAAGGCGUAUGUCCGUGACAUUAUUUCAGCAUCUGAAUAUGAGAAGGAGUGCCAGAAACUCAUUGCUCAGUUCAAGACCCUAUCUUCUACGUUGAAGGAUGCUGUACCUAACGUUGAGCGAUUUCAUGACACCUACAAAAUGGAUUGCCCUGCUGCCCUAAACCGGCUUGUGACCUCUGGAGUGCCAGCUACUGUAGAGCACCGAGCCGCUGCUGCAAUGUCAACUGCAAGUUCAGCUGCUGUUGUCGCUGAGUGUGUGCAGAAUUUCAUUACUGCAAUGGACUCGUUGAAGUUGAACAUGGUCGCCGUUGACCAGGUCCAUCCAGUGUUAUCAGAUCUGUCAUCUUCCCUCAAUAAACUAUCGAUUCUGCCAGUGGAUUUUGAGGGGAAGACAAAGAUGAGUGAGUGGCUUUCAAGGCUGUCGAAGAUGGGGGCUGCAGAUGAGUUGACAGAACAACAGGCUCGCCAACUCCACUUCGAUCUAGAUUCCUCAUACAAUUCUUUCAUGGCAGCUCUGCCUACUGAUGGAAGUUAAUCGACUAUUUCAAUAGGUGGUAUGAUUGUAAAUACGAUUGUUGUUUUGUUUAGUAAGUUCACAACACAUGUUAUUCUAUCUUUAAUCGAAGUGCUACUGAUUAUCAGCGUAGAUGAACUAUGUAUGUUUUGGAACUUCUUACAUGUUAGAUACUUGCAAGACUGAUUGGUGGUGAUGAA